AUGGACGUCUUGAAGGAGAAAACACCAGGGUCUGGCGGGCAUCGCAGUCAACACUCAUCCUCAUUUGCUGCCAUCGGUGCUGCACUUAUCCCCACGGCCAUAACAGCUGCCGUUUUCUUGUUGGCAUUUGCGGCUAUUCGCUCGAGGUAUCGAAACAUUUACGCACCCAGAACGUAUUUCCGAACCAUUGACCACCGAGACCGCACACCUUCAUCUAGUCAUACAUCCGUCUCCUGGUGGCAUGACUUCCGGGCUCUCGACGACAAGUUUAUUUUGCGCCAUUCCUCAUUGGAGGCGUAUCUAUUCCUCCGAUUCCUCCGCCUAAUUGUUCUCAUCUGCGUGGUGGGCUGCUUCUUGACCUGGCCGAUCCUCUUUGCUGUCAAUGCCACGGGAGGAGGAGAUGCGACGCAACUGGAUCGGAUCUCGUUCAGCAAUGUCGCCGACGGCAAGCGGCUCUAUGCACAUGCCGCGGUGGCUUGGGUCUUCUUUGGAUUCAUUUUGCUACUCGUCACCAGGGAGAGACUCUUUGUCAUAGGCCUUCGUCAAGCUUACCAGACAAUUCCCGUGAAUGCAAGCCGGCUUUCUUCUCGCGUGGUAUUAUACUUGAGCGUACCUCCCGCGGGACUUCGGGAGGAAAAUCUUCGUCGCUACUUUGGUGAGAAUGCUGUGAGAUCUUGGGUUGUCUCAAAUCAGAGCGACUUGGAAAAGUUGGUUCAAAAAAGGGACAAAAAGAUUGACCAAUUGGAAGAGUCCGAACUACAACUAUUGAAGAAUGCUAAUCGCAGUAAGGAUGAAGCUCGAGACAGUGGCGACGCGAGCUCCAGUCAGCAACCAAAGCCAGCGAACGAGGCGCACAGACCCAAGCAUAAGUCGAAAUAUCUUCUAGGAGAAAAGAUCGACAGCAUCUCCCGUCUGAGAGAAGACAUCACCGGUCUUGUUUCUGACGUUGAUCAAGUUCGACAGGCUGACUCCAACGCCCCCGGUAAAAGGACUGGAGCGAUAUUCGUCGAGUUCAAGGAUCAGGUUAGCGCGCAUCAAGCGUUUCAGCAAGUGCGACAUCCAUCACCUCUUACGUUACAGCCAAAGUACAUUGGUAUCCAGCCGAAAGAGGUCCUGUGGCAAAACCUCAAUCUCGAUCCGUCGGUCCGAAUCACGUACUCUUAUAUUGCUAUAGCACUUGCUGUUGCAACAAUCAUCUUCUGGUCUAUACCAGUCGGUAUCAUUGGCACAAUCUCCAACAUAAACUACCUGACGGACAAGUUUCACUUUCUACGGUUCAUCAAUAAUCUCCCGGAUCCCAUCCUUGGACUCCUCACAGGACUGGUGCCACCCCUACUACUCAGCUCUGUGGUGUCCUAUGUACCGUACCUUUUUCAAUAUGUGGCGAGACUAUCCGGUCAACCGACAAGCAAAUCAGCAGUCGAGUGGGCACAAACAUGGUACUUUGCUUUCCAAGUGAUUCAAGUCUUCCUCAUCACGACCUUUUCAUCAGGGGCUGCUGCAUUGGCUACCAAGGUAGCAAAUCAGCCCACGACGGUUCCGACUUUGUUAGCGAAGAACCUCCCCAAGGCAUCGAACUUCUAUUUGACCUACUUCAUCAUUCAAGGCCUCGGCACUGCGUCGAAGAAUAUUUUGAAUUACACUGAUCUUUUCUCCUUCUUGUUCUUUUACUACGGCAUGAACAAAACUCCGAGACAGAAAUUCAACACUUAUGCGCAGAUGAAGGGAAUCAGCUGGUUCAACGUCUAUCCAAAGUUCACGAAUUUAGCGGUCAUUGCCAUCGCCUAUUCGUGCAUUGCACCGCUGGUCUUGGGAUUUGCGGCAAUUGGCUUGUUCCUCUUCUAUUUGAGCUAUCGCUACAACCUCCUUUACGUGAUUCAGGUCAAAACGGAGACGCGGGGAGAGAGCUAUACGAGGAGUCUUCAGCACCUCAUGACAGGGGUCUACCUGGCAGAAUUGUGCUUGAUUGGUUUGUUUGGCAUCAAGAAGGUGGCUGGCCCGUCGACUCUUCUGACGGUAUUGCUCGUCGUCACCGCUUUGUAUCACCUGACAGUCAAUCAGUACCUUUCACCGUUGGAAAAGUACAUGCCGGUAGAUGUGUUGUCGGAAGAGGAUGAGGAGCGGCCUCUUCUCGGACUCAGCACUGAGCGCAAUCACACCGCUCAGGCCGAUCAAUCAUCGGGCUACAAGCUUGGUUCGAGAAAGGUUCCGGCGGUCUUGCUCGAUCCUUUGGCCAGUCUGCUCGAGCCUCGGAUUUUCGCUUCGCAAGACUCCCUUCGACCGUGGCUUCAGGAUCCCGAGGGUGAAUCAGAAGAGGUGAAUUCCUAUAGCGAGGAACAACUCAAGAAUGCGUAUCUACCUCCAGCGUUGACAUCGAAAACUCCCAAAAUCUGGCUACCGAAAGACAGGAAGGGGCUGUCAAAACGCGAAGUGGAUGCGAAUGAGAAGGCAGGAUUGCCUAGCACGGAUGAAGGUGCUGAACUCGGCCCAUCGAAUGAGAUCUUGUGGAACCAGGAUGAUUUUACGACAGUGCCGAUUUUCAAGCAAGCGACUCGAUAUUGA